AGCAGUCUGGUGAGUAUGGAAGAAAUCGAGCCAUAUGUUAGAAGAAAAAGGGUCAAUCCUGUGAAAUCAAAUAAACUGAUUGGUCUCAAUGAAGAGGAGCAGACAGUUUUAAGGAUGAAUAUUAACUCGAGGGAGCGAAAGCGAAUGCACGAUUUAAACGAUGCGUUGGAUGAAUUACGGCAGUGUCUUCCAUAUUCGCAGAACGCAAGCACAAGAAAAAUGUCGAAAAUUAAUACUUUACUUCUCGCUAGUAGUUGGAUAAAACAGUUGACAAAUACGAAUAAUGAGUUACGCCGACAGCUUGAAGAGAUUCGUGGUAAUGAACAAAAAGCGCAGAACUGGGAAACACCGAGUUCUCACAAUCCAUUUGCUGUACAACUAAGAACACCGAUUGCCACUCCAACUCCAUUUAAUUCAAUUGAUCUACUUAGGCCAACCUCACUUCCAAUAAGGUUUCUUUCAGAUCCGCAAAAAGCCUUUUUUAGAUUUGCUCCUGCAAAUCCUUGUGUUAAAGCAAUUAAUGGUAUAUGCUUUUGUGUAAAUUGUAUUAUAGCUAAUUCUACUCAAAUGAACAAUGAUUGUAAAAUUAAGAAAAAUAAGUUGAAUUAG